GUAAAGACCGCAACGGCACGUGCGAGAUCUUGACAAAGGGUGACGUUCCAAAUAACAGAACAACAGCAAUAUUUUAGCCGAUUUCCUUUAUGGAUCGAGUAGACAGAUGAAAAUAGCCUGGAUUAUAACCCUUUGGUGACAUCGUUUAGACGUUGACAGCAUCCAUAUCCAAUAUUCGAAUUUGGGUAACCAGCAGUCCAGAUGCUAGUCCACACUUAUUCGGCUAUGGACCGCUCAGACGGACUGACCGGCUCCUCGCCGAGUGGCCGUCUAUCGCAACUCUCCUCGCUGAAUCAGGCCGCAUACUCCACGGCACCACCGCUCUGUCACACGCCGGCCUCCGACUUCCAGCCCCCUUACUUUCCUCCUCCAUAUCCCCAGUCUUCACUCUCAUACUCCCAGAGUCAGGACUCAUAUUCCCACUUAUCGGACCCCUACCCUUCCAUCAAUUCCAUCCAUCAACACCAGCAAGCGGCAUGGCACUCACAGCGGUCACGGUCAGAUGAGGGGGGGCUCUUGUCACAGUCACACCGGGCUCUGAGCCUCGACCCUCGACGGGAAUACCCCGGUGUCCCCCGUCUUCUCCACGGAUUGGGGGAGGGUGCUGCCGCACUAGGAGACGGUCCUCUCGGAAUGCACAUCGGACAUCAUGGUUUGGAAGACAUUCAGGGAAUGGAGGAGGGAUCAGCCCUGGGCAUCCUCGACCACUCUGUCAUUAAGAAAGUCCCCAUGCCGUCCAAGCUGAACGGCUCGUCCCUGUCAGCGUUGUCCCUCAGUAAGGAGGGUCUGGGGAUGGGCUCCGUGUCCAACCCAGGGGAAGUGUUCUGCUCCGUGCCCGGGCGUCUCUCCCUGCUCAGCUCCACCUCCAAAUACAAGGUGACGGUGGGGGAGGUGCAGCGGCGGCUGGCCCCGCCCGAGUGCCUCAACGCCUCCCUGCUGGGCGGAGUCCUGCGCAGGGCAAAGUCAAAGAAUGGUGGCCGCUGUCUGAGAGAGCGUUUGGAGAAGAUUGGGCUCAAUCUGCCCGCCGGGCGACGCAAGGCAGCCAACGUCACUCUUCUGACGGCCCUAGUAGAGGGUGAGGCGGUUCACCUGGCGCGGGACUUUGGGUACGUGUGUGAGACGGAGUUCCCUGCCAGAGCCACAGCAGAGUAUCUGUGUCGGCAGAGUGAACCAGAGCAGCUCCCUACUCGACGCAGCAUGCUGCUGGCCACCAAGGAGAUCUGUAAGGAGUUUGUGGACCUGAUGUCCCAGGACCGUUCUCCUCUGGGGGCGGGACGCCCCAACCCCUGCCUGGAGCCGGGGGUGCAGGGCAGUCUCACCCACUUCAGCCUGCUGACCCAUGGCUUCGGCACGCCGGCCAUCUGCGCCGCUCUGUCAGCCUUCCAGAGCUACCUGGCGGAGGCCGUCAAAAUGCUGGACAAAGGAGAGGGAGGAGGGAAGAGCCACCAUGACAAGGAGAUGAAGCACCGCAAGUAGAGGGAUGGAGGACAAUAGAGACGGCUGGCUUGCUGACUGAUUGGAUGGUUGGUUGACCAGUUUGCUGAUUAGCUGGUUGGCUGACUUGUAUACUGGUUGACUGGCGGGCGAACUUGCCGGCUGAAUUGCUGACUGAAUCCCCCUACCCUUUUUUCCUUCAAUCUAUUUAUGAAAAGAGGACCAAGACUGAAACUCCACUCCCUGUUUGGCAGAGGGAGGUUGUGGCGGCGUUUGUACUGUAUGUGUGUCCACCACACCAGAACACGCCACCUGGCGCACGACGCAAGGAUUCCUGCAAGCCAUUUUUUCUCCCUGGUUUCUAGCACAUCAAACGUCCUGCUGCCAGUAUAGAAAGGUUCUGAUCUGGCAAUGUGUUCCUGUUAUUUAUGACGUUCAAGCUCCCCCAACUGCAUUUCUCACCUCGAUUCUCCCUCCCAACCACUGGCUCUGCAAAUGAUAUGACCCACCUGACUGUCGGGACCAGAUCCAACCAGGGAAACAUCGCUGCAAACAAGAAGCCAUAUCCAGAACUACAACCCAUCCUCUACCAUGCACUUCCUCAUCUGAACUUUUAAACUUCUCACUUUGCUUCAAUAGGAGGGGUGGAUUCUGUAGGAUUCUGGGUGAUGAUGGGUAAUUGAGUUUUUUGGGUGGGUAUGGGAGGGAGACGUGUCAAAGGCAGCUAAGGGAGAAACUUUUCUUUUUAUGAGGGGAGGGUAAAUGUUGGUAAAUUAAGAAAAUUACA